GGUGAAAAAAGUAAUAAUAAUCAUGGUCCGAGUUUUUCUUAACUUGUGCAUUACUUCACUCACUCUCACUAUAUCUUCCUUUUCAAGUAACUUCUCUCUGAUUGCCGAUUCAGAGAUCUCUCUUUGUUUAUCCCAAACCAAACCACGGCAAACAUGGAGAAUCUAGAUGCAAAGAUAGAGCAACUUCUCAACGUCGAGAAGCAGAUGAGAUUAAACGGCGAAAUUGUCGGCACAAGAAAAGCCGCAAUCGAUAUCUUGCAACUCUGCUUUGAAGCCAAAGCCUGGAAAACGCUAAAUGACCAGAUUGUUGUUUUGUCCAAACGACGCGGCCAGCUUAAGCAGGCUGUAACAGCGAUGGUCCAGCAGGCUAUGCAAUAUAUUGAUGAGACACCGGAUAUUGAAACUCGUAUUGAACUCAUCAAGACAUUGAACAGUGUAUCUGCUGGGAAGAUGUACGUUGAGAUUGAGAGAGCAAGGUUGGUCAAGAAACUCGCCAAGAUAAAGGAAGUACAUGGGCUUCUAGCCGAGGCUGCUGAUUUGAUGCAAGAAAUUGCGGUGGAAACUUUUGGUGCCAUGGCAAAAACUGAGAAAAUUGCAUUCAUUCUCGAACAAGUUCGACUCUGCCUAGACCGCCAGGAUCAUGUCCGUGCCCAAAUACUCUCAAGAAAGAUAAGUCCAAGAGUAUUCGACAUAGAUGCAUCUAAGGAAAAGGAAAAGCCCAAAGAAGGUGAUAAUAUGGUUGAAGAGGCUCCUGCAGAUAUUCCAUCUCUACUGGAGUUGAAGCAGAUUUAUUACGAGCUAAUGAUUAGGUAUUAUUCCCACAACAAUGAUUAUCUUGAAAUUUGCCGCUGCUAUAAGGCAAUAUAUGAGAUUCCGUCCAUCAAAGAAAACCCUGCUGAUUUUAUUCCUAUCCUGAGGAAAAUAUGUUGGUGCUUGGUUCUAGCACCACAUUCACCGAUGCAGUCCAGUCUUUUAAAUUCCACCUUGGAGGAUAGAAAUCUAUCUGAGAUUCCAAACCUCCAGCUACUUUUGAAGCAGCUGGUCACCAUGGAAGUCAUCCAAUGGACAGCUCUUUGGGAGACAUAUAAGAAUGAGUUUGACAAUGAGAUGGUCUCUGGAAAGUUUUUGAGUGAAAAAGCAGCUGAAGAUCUGAAACAGAGAAUUAUUGAACAUAAUAUUCUUGUUGUAUCAAAAUACUACGCAAGGAUUACUUUGAAGAAACUUGCACAGCUUUUGUGUCUCAGCCUAGAGGAAGCUGAGAAGCAUCUGUCCGAUAUGGUUGUUACCAAGGCUCUGGUUGCAAAGAUUGACAGGCCAAUGGGAAUAGUCUGUUUCCAAACAGCAAAGGAUAGCAAUGAUGUACUUAACUCAUGGGCAGCAAACUUGGAGAAGCUGCUUGAUCUUGUGGAGAAGAGCUGUCAUCAAAUACACAAGGAAACCAUGGUCCAUAAAGCAGCUUUGAAGGUUUAAGAAGGGGGCUCCUCAAUAUGUGAUAUGGACUGAAGUUGUCUUACGGGGAUGCUUAUUUGAAAUGUUGCUCACUGUGUUGGUGAGGAAUAACAUUAAACAAUUGUCCAUAAUGAAAUUGAAGAAUAAGAUUAAACCCGAAGGCCAUUAAAUUGGAGAACUAAAAGAAGAAUCAAAAUUUAGUCCAAAAAAAAAAAAAAAAAAAGGCAAAAUUAGUAGUUGUAGAAGUUGAAGAAUAAGAAGCUGACAGUGACACUGAAGUUUGAAGAGAAGCCACUGUGGUUGCUUAUAUUUUCUUGUAGUUUUAAACUUCAAAUGCACUUUUAGUGCCCUGUUUAUCAUAGUUCAUGAUUUCGGGGGCUCCGUUUUUUAAUUUUAAGAUACA